CGGAGAGACGGCGGGAGGGAAGCUCGGAAUUGUGCGGGCAUCUUCCUGUGCCUGGUCCUGGGGGCUGCUCAGUAUCUGCUGGCUGAGGUAGAAAGCUCUGUGUGCAGGCAUAAUGAGUCAGACGGAGAAGAUUGAAGAAGCUGUCCCUUCAUACCUGUGCGAGGAGCCACCAGAGGGUACCGUCAAAGACCACCCUCAACAGCAGCCUGGCAUGAUUUCCCGUGUAACAGGUGGCAUCUUCAGCAUGACCAAAGGGGCUGUCGGUGCCACUAUUGGAGGAGUCGCUUGGAUUGGAGGAAAGAGUUAUGAAGUGACCAAGACAGCGGUGACGUCGGUGCCGAGUAUAGGCGUCGGCAUCGUCAAAGGCAGCGUGUCUGCUGUCACCGGAAGCGUGGCAGCUGUGGGAUCGGUUGUUUCCAGUAAAGUGUCAGGAAAAAAGAAGGACAAGUCCGACUGAGCCAAGAACUCCUCAUUGUGAGAACUAUUGCAGGCGUGACUGGGCAUCCGCUGCAAAAAUGAGUGACCGCUGCAGCAUCGAAGACAUUUUAUUAUUCUUUCAUUUUUUUGUUUUGUUUUUGGGUCGGGUUGCGGCGGUACUUGUGAGCUAGCCAAUGGUGUCGCAGCAGGCGUACAAUGCCCUCAGGCUAUGAAGGCUGAUUGAAACGGCAAUGCAAAAUGUUACAUUCUAUGACUCCUAAACCAAAAUCAUGUGCGCAAAUUUUCAGCCAGCUGCGACUUUCCCGGGACCUGUGUUUGCUUUCCUAGAGAAAAAGAACCUCACUACUUGGUUUGGCAGUGUAACCAGUGGGAUGAUGCUAGCGUAGCCCAGAAUAGCACAGUGAUCGCAUUCUAGAUCCUCACCAGAGAGACACAAGAAAAACUCCAAUUAAUGCAAUGCAAUUCUGUAGGGGAGGAAGGACUCUGAGCUGCAUUUUUACAAGGAUUUAAUUUGUAUUUUUUACUUGUCCAGGAUUUCAACCCUUUAGUCCCUGCCUCCACCUUGAGACAAAAAAGUGCAUAUUUAUGUUUAUUAUACAAUAAAAAUUAUGCUUGGUUUUUGCAAUAGAUAUUGACACUGUCUAUCAUUGUGGGAUUCCAUUUGUUUCAUUUAUUUAUAUUUUCUUGCCCUUUAUUUGUAUGAUCUAAGGCAAGAGUAAAACUCAUCUGUGGGCAGUUCACAACUCCUAGCCGAGGGAAGCUGGGAAUUGUAGUCCAACACAGUUUGUUUCACACGUUUGUUAGUCUGUUUUCCAUUAAUUCAGUUGUUCUUCUGCACAUCUUAGUGCCUUGUAGAUUAGGAGGUUCCUAUUCACAGGUAAGCUUCCUGAUGUAUAUCCUAUAUUGUUCUCUGACAAUAUGUAUGCUGCUUUAAAGGGCAAGGAUAAGAAAAGCCUAGAUUUACCCAUGUAAGGCCGCAACUGCCAACCAGAUGUCUCUCUCCCCCCCCCCCCCCCCAUUCACAGGUUUCCAUUAUUUAAACUGCUCAUUAGUUCCUAAGGCAGUGUGGCCCUAACAACCAGAUAACAGAUAUAGGUAAGGGGCCCAGUGCAGACGCGGAUAAGAAAAGCACAGCUAAUGGAAUUUUUGGACAGUUGCUCCACUGACGUGAAAUUCUGUUCACAUCUGGGAGAACAUUUUUAUCUCUCUACACAGGUCAAUACUGCUAAUGCCCCCUACUUAUAGCCCCCCCCCCCCCUUUAGAUUGUCAUGUGCAACACACCUAGGUCAGCUCUUCCCCAAAACUUUUUCAGGGGUGUGUUUAUCAGCUCCAUUGUUUCAAUAGCAGAAGUGCUGAAAAUCUAAACAGAUGCCUCUCCAAAAACCUUACUCACAAUAAAUAAAUGCUAGAAGGAGGUUUAGAAUGAUAUGUUCACUAGGCAAAGCAUCAUUUUGGGCUGUUACACCUGCUUUAAAGUGAUCUGCCUUUCAGCACAGCUAUUAUUUAUUCUGGGCUUUAUAUACCCUUUAAUAUCCCCUCUUCCAUCUGUAUGUAAGAGAUCAACUUUAUUUUCCCUUUAAGUUCCUGUUUCUUUAUGCGACCCCUUUACUUUGUAUGCUUGUGGCUCUUUAUUUCAGUAUAUUGCUUUGUGUGUGUCUCACAGCUAAUUAGCAGAUCCUCAAUGUGCAGAGUACAGUUAUACCCCCCCUAAUAUAUACGCCUUUCAGAUAUGUGCAGAUCUAGUCGACCACUUGAACUGUGAAUUGUGGUGUGAUGACAUUUUUGUGCCUGAAUAGAUUUAAUAAAAUAUAUCUUCUACUGUAAA